UUCCUAAUAAUGUUGCUUUACCAUGGUGGGUGUGUCUCCUCCUAGACUGCCUUUGCCACUACAAAAGGACCUCCUACACUCAUUUCUGCUUGCUUCUCCUUUGCUACAUUUUGUGUAAAAUGGAGAGCCUUCAUUCGGGUUCUUUUCAAUUUUGAUUUAGGGAUCUUGUUCAGUUCUUCAGUUUGGGAUCUGGGUUUUUGAAGAUUUCUUCAAAGUUCAGAGCUUUGGUAGUUUGAAAAUGGCUCCGAGGUUGGAUUUCUCUAGUUGGUGGUGGAAGGAUACCCGGAAAGGGACGCCGGUGGUGGUGAAAAUGGAGAACCCCAACUACUCCGUCGUGGAAAUUGACGGCCCAGAUGCUGCAUUCCGACCAGUGGAAAAGAGCAGAGGCAAAAAUGCCAAACAAGUGACAUGGGUAUUGCUUCUUAAGGCUCACCGCGCUGUUGGUUGCCUCAUUUGGGUGGCCACUUUCUUCUGGUCAUUGCUCGGAGUCAUAAAGAAGAGGUUGUUUUUCCAGCAGGAUGUAGCCAUGGCGAGCGAGAAGUUGGGAAAGGGAAAGCUCUUGUUCAGUGUAAUCAAGGCUUUCUUGGUGACAUCCUUAGUGAUUCUUUGUUUUGAGGUCGUAGCAUAUUUCAAGGGGUGGCAUUAUUUUGUGAAUCACAAUUUACACAUUCCUCGGACGAGCGAAAUUCAGGGUUUGCUCCACAUGGUGUAUGUUGCUUGGCUGUCGUUUCGUGGAGACUACCUUGCGCCCCUAAUUCAAGCUUUGUCCCAAUUCUGUAUAGUUCUUUUCCUAAUUCAGUCUGUAGAUCGUCUGAUACUUUCCUUAGGUUGCUUUUGGAUCAAAUACAAGAAGAUUAAGCCAAGGAUUGAGGGAGAUCCAUUCAAGUCAGAGGAUGUUGAGGGAUCUGGUUAUGAGUAUCCCAUGGUUCUUGUUCAAAUCCCAAUGUGUAAUGAGAGAGAGGAAGCCAUAUUGAAUUUGAUGGGUUUUGUGUCUACUGACCUCAUACAGGUAUAUGAGCAGUCUAUCUCUGCUGUCUGUCAACUUGAUUGGCCGAAGGAGCGUUUACUUAUUCAGGUUCUUGAUGAUUCUGAUGAUGAGAGCACCCAAUGGUUAAUUAAAGGAGAAGUUUCCAAGUGGAGCCAAAGAGGUGUCAACAUAAUUUAUCGACAUCGCUUGGUUAGAACUGGUUAUAAAGCUGGGAAUCUAAAGUCUGCAAUGAGCUGUGAUUAUGUGAAGGUCUAUGAGUUUGUUGCAAUAUUUGAUGCUGAUUUCCAGCCGAAUCCAGAUUUUCUAAAGCAAACAGUGCCACAUUUCAAGGACAACCCUGAGUUAGGAUUGGUUCAGGCUAGAUGGGCUUUUGUGAACAAGGAUGAGAACCUAUUGACUCGUCUUCAGAACAUUAACUUAUGUUUCCACUUUGAGGUUGAACAGCAAGUGAAUGGCGUGUUCCUCAAUUUCUUUGGUUUUAAUGGGACAGCUGGUGUUUGGAGAAUCAAAGCCCUCGAGGAGUCUGGGGGUUGGCUUGAGAGGACAACUGUUGAGGAUAUGGACAUAGCUGUCCGUGCACAUCUUAAUGGUUGGAAAUUCAUCUUCCUUGAUGAUGUAAAGGUCCUCUGUGAAGUUCCUGAGUCCUAUGAAGCUUACAGGAAGCAGCAACAUCGCUGGCAUUCUGGACCUAUGCAACUUUUCCGUUUGUGCCUUCCAGCAAUUUUAACUUCUAGAAUAGCUAUGUGGAAGAAAGCAAAUCUGGUACUACUGUUCUUUUUAUUGAGGAAACUCAUCCUUCCCUUCUACUCCUUCACAUUAUUCUGCAUAAUCCUUCCUCUAACCAUGUUUGUACCAGAGGCUGAGCUUCCUGUUUGGGUCAUUUGUUAUGUGCCUGUUUUUAUGUCAUUCCUCAACAUUCUCCCAGCCCCCAAAUCAAUUCCUUUCAUCAUUCCUUACCUCCUGUUCGAAAACACCAUGUCAGUGACCAAAUUCAAUGCAAUGGUAUCUGGAUUAUUCCAGUUAGGGAGCUCAUAUGAGUGGGUUGUCACCAAGAAAGCAGGCAGGUCUUCAGAAUCUGACUUGCUGGCUGCUGCUGAGAGAGAAUCCAAGACUACGAACCAACCACCAAUUUGCAGAGGAGCUUCUGAGAGUGAGCUGGCUACAUUGAAUCAAUUAAAGGAACAAAGAGAAGCAGCUCCUCCACCUGUAAGGAAGGUGAAUAAGAUAUACAGGAAAGAGCUUGCACUGGCAUUCCUCUUACUCACAGCUUCAGUCAGGAGUCUGUUAGCAGCCCAGGGAGUGCAUUUCUACUUCCUCCUCUUCCAAGGGGUGACCUUCCUACUUGUGGGUCUAGAUUUAAUAGGAGAGCAGAUGAGCUAAUGGUUAACAUGAUCAAAAUAAAGAGAAAGUAAACCUUGUUCAACUCUGGUGAAUAUGUAUCAUACCUACAGGCGGAAGCUGGUUUGGCAGUGCACAAUUGAUGAAAUUCAGUAUUUCUUCCUUGACAAAAGUUAAGGGAUACUGUCCAAUCCAAUAAUCAGCAUUUCAUUCUUACAUUUGCUUUGAGAUACCCUUUAGAGUUUCUCCAUUCAUCAAUAACUCUCCACUCUGUAGUCAUAGUUAGUAUCUUUCACUUUUAUUCUUUAGAUUUUUCCUUUUUUUUUCCCCCCAUUAAAUAUUGGAUAGUCUCACGUAUUCUUCCCUAGGCGUUUGAUCAUUGUUUGUAUUUUCUUCGCUUAGUUUGUUGAUUCUUAUUGAGUGUACUUUGGCAUUUCAGAUUCAAGCCAUAUUGUAUUUGUAUAGUUGGAAAGUUCGAGUAAGACAUAAGAAUGAACUUGCGUUGAUUCU